CGGGAGGAAAGUAUGACAGCUGGCUUCAGCGUCAACAGCGCUACAGUAGACGACAGAAUGCUUGAGGUCGAAGCUGGAUGAGGGCUGAAAAACAGAGAAACAAACUUGGUGAUAACAAGAGGAUUACUUCAACUUCAGGACAGUAGCCACUUCCUUCAUCUGACAAUUAUCUUCUUUGGAAUGUGGACCCAGUAAACAUUUAACUGCACUUCCAGAACAUUCUGAACAACCUGGACCACUGGAGCCAGCUGACCUGGAGGAUGACGACCUCCUGCUGGAUGUGAACCUCCCUGAGGCAGGCUCUCUACACAAUGACCCUAACGGGAUGUCCCAUUUUGAACGCUCAGAGAGGGGGGGACGACAAGGUCACUGGAGGAGAAGGCAGCAUCACUGGAAUGGACCGGAUCACUUCCACAAUGACACCAGGGAUCCAGUGUUCCAGCAGUAUGAUGGUUAUGCUGGCCCUGUGGGGUUCAGGGUAGGCCCCCAGCCCUUUCUUCCCGUAGGGAGACACAAUGGACACACGGGGGCGCUGGACGAGCUCACACUCAAACAUAUGGCCCAGGACUGCAGCUCAGUGAAAAACCAGCUGCUUACACUCAAGAGUUUAUUACAGAUGGAGGACGGUGGCCCAGAGGUUGUUGAGGGCGGUGAAGAGGAUAACAGCAUGACCCUACAGUUGGAGGAGCUAAUGAAGGAGGUGUGGAAGCUCAGGGAGGAGCUGAGGAAUAAGGAGAGAUCAAUCGCUCAGCUCACACUACAGCAACGGCAGCUACAGCAACAGGGGCCUGCUCAUGCUGCCCUGUCCGGGAGGGGUCACUGCCACCAGAGGACACAGUCACUCGGGGGGGACAGACGAACUCACCACGACAAAGCCACACAGACCUCUUGGAGAGGACAAGGACACAGCCAAGCGCCACAAAUACAGCCUUCCAGCCCCAACCACCACGAGCACCUCACCCAAGAAAGACUAGUAAAAACAGCCCACACCGAGGGCCACAGUGACCCCCAGAGAGGGAGGAGGACCAAGGAAGAUGGAUCCCACUGCACAGACUCUGACCCACCCACUGGAAGCCCGGCCAUGGGUGUGGACACUCCACCAGAUGAAUUGAGUGUGCUGCUUAGCACCCAGCUCAACAAACAUAUCAGAGAGUGGCCUGGAACCACCCCCAGUCCCACCCAGGGGCUUGCUGCAGCCAGCAGCCCAACCCCAGGAGCUCUGUCCAGGCCAGAGGGAGGGCAGCGAGCCUCUCCAUUGGGGCCACAGGGCCCUGGCUGCCCUCGCAUCCUGCAGCCGCCACGCCUCCACAAGCGUGUGUCCAUCCCGGCUCUGCCUCAGGGGGACACUAAUGGCUCUCUUCUUCGAUCGGAGUCUUCAGCGCUGCUGGCCAACCACAGGACCAAGCAGCUGUCGCCUCCCUCCAGGGGCCUGGCCUGCUUCAAUUCUGGUCCCCAGGCGGUGAGCCCGUCUCUGGACCACGGGGUGCUCACUAAGCCCCGCACUCUGGGGGUCAGAAGGGACCUUGGGAGAACCAGCCCUCCUAGCCCUAAUCUGGAAAUGCCAGACCUGGGACUGCUCAGAGCCAGAGUCCUGGUUCCCCCCAGCCUCCCACGCAUCCCAAUGCCAAAGAUCCACUGAAGUGUUCAUAUAAUCAAACAUGACAUGUUAUAUACUGUAUAACAUCCCUCCUCUUCCACCUCCUCGUGGUUCCUGCUCACCAUGUGUGUGUCCAUAUGUGCGUGUGCCCACAGCUCCUUAUGGACAUUCAGGAACUGCCCUUAACUGUUGUUUGACCUUCUUCUGAACUGAACAGAAUAUGUAGCAUAGUCAUGUCUUAAAAUUUACUAAAUGCAAAGGUACAGUGCACAUCUAUUCAAAAUGGCACCUACAGGUUAUGACUGAGAUACACUGAAGGACUGUUUUAUCCUUUAUAAAAUGUCCAGUCACUUGCUUAGCAGCCUUUUAUUGCACAUUGUCUUAUGCAGAAAAAGAAUGACUAACAUUCAUAGUUUCUCUUUGCUAAUCUCUCACAUGUACUGUACAUGUUUUUUAAAAGAAUGUUCCACUCAACUCUA